AUGUGCAAGAAUUACCAACAAUUCCUGAGUUUGGUGUUUGCAGUCACAGAGGUCAACAAGGAUCUGGUUCUCCUGCCCAACAUCACCCUGGGCUUCCAUAUUUAUGACAAUCACCAGAUUGAGAGGACCAUUUCCAUAACCAGCCUCUCCUUGCUCUCCACACAAGGCCAAAUGGUUCCAGGUUACAAAUGUGACAAGGAGGACCCCCUGCUCUCUGUCAUUGGAGGCCACAACCCCAAAACCUCAAGUCAGAUGUCCUCCAUCUUCAGCACAUUCAAGGUCCCACAGGAAAAGGAGAUCUGCCUGGCCUUCACUGAAAUGUUCGAUUUUAAUAUUAAUGCUAUUCGAAUAGUGAAAUUCCAUUCUAUUUUGAAAAGUUGGCUUAAUGUUGAAGUGAUCAUUUUGUUUGGAGAUGCCAGCAGUAGUAUAAAAAUAAUAGCGGUAAAGACUGCUCUUGAAAAAUUGAGAAAGACACUAUUUCAGACAGUUUGGAUUAUGUCUUCCCAUUGGGAACUUAAUGGUGUGGAACCUCAAGUAAUUUUGGACAGGAUAAAGCCCUUCCAUGGGGCUCUGCAUUUUAGGGAUCAAACGGGUGAUGUCUCCGAAUUCAGCCAUUUCCUUCAUUCUUUAGACCCUACAAAUCCACAAGGGGAUCCGUUUCUUCUGAUAUGGUGGGAACGGGUCUUUGACUGCAAGAUUCACAAACCAGGUGAGAUUCCUCCAAAGGUGGGGAAACAAUGUACAGGAAAGGAGAAUUUGCAGAAUCUGCCAACUUACAUGUUUGAAAUGAGCAUGACAGGUGAAAGUUAUAAUAUCUACAAUGCCAUUUAUGCUGUGGCAUAUGCAUUACAUGCCAUGCAUAGCUCAAGAAUGCAAACAGCCGUGCUGAGGCUUGAAAAGAAGAUCUCAGAUCUCCAGUUAUGGCAGCUACUUCCCUAUUUGAAGAAUGUGAAAUUCAAUAACAGUGCUGGAGAUGAAGUUUCCUUUUUAGAAAAUGGACGGGGAUCUGCUGGUUAUGAUAUCCUCAACUGGAUUUUCCUCCCCAAUUGCUCUUUCAUUCCUGUUAAAGUUGGAGAAAUUGACCCUGGAGGUCUGGAUUUCACCAUUAACUCAGAUACCAUUGUCUGGGCCACUAAGAAAGUGCCCUUUGCCAGGUGUGGCAGGAAGAGGUGCCAUGCAGGAGAGAGAAGAAGUGUUCCAGAGGGUGAACCGGUUUGCUGCUACAAAUGUGACACUUGUCCAGGAGGGACAAUUUCUAAUCAGACAGAUGCAGCUCAUUGUGACCCCUGCCCAGAAGAACUAUAUCCCAACAAAGAGAAUGAUCAUUGCAUUGCCAAGAAGAUUCACUUCCUUGACUAUCAAGAGCCUAUGGGAUAUACAUUAGUUUCUUUAGCUCUUUUUCUUUCUGUACUUACAACUGCAGUCCUGGUGAUUUUCCGUAAACAUCAUAACACACCGAUUGUCAAGGCCAACAACCGAGAUCUCACUUACAUCCUUCUGGUCUCCCUCCUGCUCUGCUUCCUCUGCUCCUUCCUUUUCAUUGGACGACCUGGGAAGCUCACCUGUCUCUUUCGACAAAUUGCCUUUGCCAUUCUUUUUGCCCUUGCAGUUUCCUCUGUGUUGGCAAAAACAGUCAUGGUAGUUCUGGCCUUCAUGGCUACUAAGCCAGGGAACAGGACAAGAAAAUUAUUAGGAAAACCACUGACUAACUCCAUUGUCUUAGGCUGUCCCCUGGUCCAAGCAGUCCUUUGUGCCACCUGGCUGGCAACCUCUCCCCCAUUUCCCAACUUGGACUUCCAUUCCUUGUUUGGAGAGACCAUCUUGGAAUGUAAGGAAGGCUCAAUUUCAAUGUUUUACGCUGUCCUUACCUAUCUAGGUUUCCUGGCUCUUGUCAGUUUUACUGUAGCCUUUUUGGCUAGAAAAUUGCCUGACAGCUUUAAUGAAGCCAAGUUCAUUACUUUUAGCAUGCUGGUCUUUUGCAGUGUUUGGAUCACCUUCCUCCCUACCUACCUGAGCACAAAAGGGAAGUCCAUGGUGGCUGUGGAGAUCUUCUCCAUUUUGGCCUCUGGAGCUGGUCUCUUGACUUGUAUCUUUUUCCCCAAAUGCUACAUUAUACUAGUUAGGCCCAAUUUGAAUUGUCGAGAAAAUAUAAUGAAGCACAAGAAUCCCUGA